AUGCCAGCAGCCUUCUCCCGGUUGCAGCUGGCAGCUGCACUCAUUGAAUACGACAACGAUUCAGAGGACCCAGAUGCCCCAAGACGCUCAGCUCAAGAGAGCGCUAUCUUUGCUCAUCUAAGGCGCAACCCUGCCGCCCGACCAGACCUCUCAGCCCGCAAAUCGAGCAACUAUCUGACUGCAACGCAGAAUGGUAGAGAAUCCAUUGCCGAUACGAGGCGGUCAAGAGCUUCCAGAGGCUCGCUAGACGCCCUGAGAAACCCCUUCGGCGCGGAUGGGAAUUCAGAGUACGACGACGAUGGGGACGAGCCGCCGUCGGAAAUGGAAGUCGACUUGUCUUCAUGGGGGCUUGAUGCCUUCAUACCUAAGGAGAAGGCAGAGAGGUCGAAGAAGGGGAAGGAGAAGCAAGGAUCUGUCCCAGUCCGUUCCCGUACCAUCUCAGGCGGUCCCCAAGAAGUGGGUGAGGCGUCAAACGCUGUAGCUCAUUCCAGGUCUGCAAGCACGCUGAUUAUGCGACGCCAAUCUACGUCGUCCCGUUUGGAUUUUCCAGAAGAUGCAGGGGCGGGCGGCACACUUCAUCGACGCCGUGCCGCUUCCCAGUCCUCAAUGCUUCUUCAGAGUCCCAACGGCACCGUCCCCUUCCCUUCACCCCGCCCAAUGACGCCCGGGACCCCCGGCGACGGGUUUGCUGAAGUAGCAGAGGAUAUCUACCCGCCUCGUUCGCAUUCACGAGCAAGCUUUGGGUCACGAAAUGUGCUAGAUGACGCCGGGGAGUUGCGACCUCGCUCCAUGUCCCAAGGCACAAUUGGCGUGGAUCAGCAGCCGCAGGAGUCGGAUAACCCAUUCGCUUUGCGUGCCCCGACUGUCACCUCUCGUUUUGAUCCCAAGGCGGCCCACGUACGCACUACAUCCAUGGCUUCUUUCGGCACACGGCAAUUACUAGACAAUGAAGACGCUGAGUCUAUCAAAUCCCGCAACUCGUUUAACCAAAACCGACCUUACUCUGUCGUUGAGUUAUUACGUCCCAAGGUUCUUGUGAUGCCUAGCCCACUUCAGUCCACCGGACCUGACGCUUCACAACCCAACAUUGUUCGCGAUGGGUUUCAGCUGUCUCGAGACGGGCCUCCACUUCCCCCAGGGGCUAGGACCUCUCGCCGAUUGUCUACCAACCUUGAUGCCGUACCAAACCCAUCCAACUCUUUCAUUCCGAACCCAACAGCCGACCUAUCUAUGGCACAGAAGAUCUUCCGCGACACUUUAAUCGGCCAUGCUGCAGCGACUGGGCCUGGCGGAAUUCCUCCCCGGGCACAGAACGAUGGAGAGCAGAUUGAGUUUGAACCCCCGGAGAUUGACGAGGAGCAAAUGUUCUUUGGAGCUAAUCAGGGUCGACCUACAAGGCCUGCGGGGAAACUGUAUGGCAAGAGCCUGAUUGAUGAUUUGGAGACGAGGAAGGCGCAAAUGCGAAGCAAGCAACGUGUGUUCACUGGAGACCAGCGUCCAACUAUGAUGGCACGCGAAUCGAACAGGACAAGCACGCUUAUUGAUCCUGCUAGCCUCAGUCAGAAGCCAGGAACCCAACGACAAAGUUCUUACGGCUCUCAGGGUGGACAAAGCACCGGCUUGGAAAGACGCGGCUCUUCUCACAUGAAGCCGUUCCUUUCCUUCGACGAGGAAUCGAAGCAUCACCAAGAACCCCAAAACCCAGAUCGCAUUCCCAAAAACAAGUCGGUAUUCGGUGUGGACACGCUUUGGGAACAGGAGAUGGCCAAGUUGAGGUUGAUACAGGAGGAGGAGAGGAUCGAAGAGGAGAAGAGGAGGAAACGGGAAGAGGAAGAAGCUAGGCUUAGGGCGGAGAAGCGAAGGAACAAGAAGAAGCUGAGAAAGAAGAAUGCCCCGCCAAGGGAUGGCAUGGACGAUGUUCCAACUCCCCCAGAAGAGGACGUUCCUCCGGUCGAUCUAGAUGUUCACGUCCCUGCAGAGCCGCCAACGCUACCCGACGUUCAGCCUGUCACUGCGCGAAAGGCCCAGCAGGUCGAAGAAGACGAUGACGAUGAUGAAGAUGAGGACACUGACGAGGAAGGUGCACCGUUGCCCUCCCGCAAGGAACCCAGCGCCGCAGCGUGGCUAUCUGAUUCCGAGGAUGAACGGCCGGCUGGCCCAGUCAGGACGACCGGGGUCGGGCUUCGCAAUCCAUCGCAAGCCAAAGCGGCGAAUUACCGUCGAGGCCAGUCCGACAGCGAGGAGGACCUUCCUUUGGCAGCAGCUAAGCAAAGGGCUACCAGGAUGAUGGCAGAAUCGGACGACGAGGACAAGCCUUUGGCACGAGUAAUUCAGGAGAGCAAGUCCAAGUCGCCUAUGAUCGAUAUUGAUUUUGACAAACCUGGAGUUGGUCAAUCUCAGUCGGAUGAUGAGGACAGUCAACCUCUUGGCAUUCGAGCCUCAAGGUUGAUGAUGGCUAAUGCCUCGAACGUCGACGACGAUGACAAACCGCUAGCCUUCCACCCAGAGCAACAACGACGAACUCAGUAUAACCUUCUCGCUCAGCAACAGCAUAACCAAAUGAUGAUGCAGGCCCAGUUCCAGAACAGCAUGUUUUUCAACGCUCCUCCGAUGAUGACUCCCCCGUUCUUCGCUCCUGCAAUGAUGAACCCUAUGGCGAUGAUGCAGCCGCCUAUGCCCAUACCAUCACCACCGCCAAUGCACGACGAGAACAAAUUCCUGAGCGUCGACAAAUGGCGACGUGAUGUGGUUGUGGACGGGGACCAACAGUGA